AUGUUUGAGCACAAAGACCCGGAUUACCUGAAAUUUAUUGUGUCGAUUGCGCUGGCGCUUGUUGUGCUGGUCGUCACGGCGGUUAUUUUUGACCGCAAACGCCUGUUUAGCGCCAAGAAGUCGGUUUUCGUCAUUUCUGGCCCCAAAUCAAGUGGAAAAACAAGUCUGUUCGAGCUGCUCACCAAAAAGGAACUGCCUGUCUUGACCGUCACUUCUGUUGAGCCCAACAAGGGCGUUCUCAAUCUGGGCUCCCAGAUCGGCUCGUACGAGGUGAUCGACUUCCCGGGCAACGAAAAACUCAAGUCCUUGUAUUUGUACCCAUUUUUGAAACAAAACUCAACGUCGCUCAAAGGUCUGAUCUACAUGAUCGACGCGUCGCAAUUCUCCAGCGAAUACUGCACAGAGGUGGCCACCGACCUGAUCAAACUGUACGAGAUCACAGAAUCGGUGCCCAACGGAGUGGACUUCCAGCUCUUCUGCAACAAGUCCGAUCUGUUCACGUCCAAGAAAUGGACCACCAUUAAGACCUUGCUGGAGACAGAAAUCACCCAGAUCUGCAAACGCCAGGUGCUCAAUCUGUCGCAGAUCAGCUCUUCGGACGACCAAUCCGACGACACCGCAGGUUCUUUGCUUGCAACCACUUUUGGUGACGGCAAGUUUUUGUUUGAGCGUCUGGACGGCAACACAGAGUUUGCUCAAGGAAACGUGCACAAGAAAUCCAUCGAAAUGGUGUCCAAUUGGCUCCACGAAAAGGCCGUCAAUUAA